AUGGAAGCACAACAAGGACACAGCAAGGCCUGCUGCAAUGUCCCUCCCGCCGUCUCCAAGGGCUACAAGGAGAAGGGCAAAUACAUCGACCUCAACGGCAUGCAGUGCUACGCCACCGGCCCCUCCAACGCCUCCUCCGCCAUCUUCAUCAUCUACGACAUCUUCGGCUUCUCCCCCCAAGCCAUCCAAGGCGCCGACAUCCUCGCCCACGCCGACUCCGGCCACCAAUACCAAGUCUUCAUGCCCGACUUCUUCCUCGGCGAACCCCUCCCGCACAGCGACUUCCCGCCCGACACGGACGAGAAGAAGAAGAAGGUUGGAGAUUUCUUCGCGGGCCCCGCGAGCCCGCCGGAUACGGCGAAGAAGGUGCCCGGGUUGCUGCGGGAGAUUGAGAAGCAGGCGACGGGGAUCAAGAAGUGGGGCAGUUUGGGCAUGUGCUGGGGCGGGAAGAUCGUCUCCCUGACCGCUCAACCCGGCACCUCCUUCUCCGCCGUCGCCGAAGUUCACCCCGCAAUGGUCGACCCGGCCGACGCCAAGGGCAUCAAGGUUCCCCUCUGCAUGCUCGCAUCCGGCGACGAAGACGCGAAUGCGGUCAAGGAGUUUGGGAAGACGUUGAGUGUGGAGAACCACAUUGAGACCUUUAGCGACCAGAUCCACGGAUGGAUGGCCGCUCGAGGCGACCUCGAGGAUGAAAAGGUCAAGAAGGAGUAUGAGCGUGGUUAUCAAGUGCUGCUCGACUUUUACCACCAGCAUCUGUGA